GCUGCCGCUCUGGGCGUGUGACGCACUUCCGGUUUGCGGCCCUCAGCGUCGCUGGUUAUCGGAGAGCGGGAGGCGGGCGAGGCCUGAGGGAGACGAAGAGCGGAGCGCUGCCGUCGCUGAGCCUGAAGGGGAACCGACCGGGACUGUUGUCAUCAAAGCAACAUAAAACAUGGUGGAUUAUUAUGAAGUUCUAGGAGUGCAUAGGCAUGCCUCACAAGAAGACAUUAAAAAAGCGUAUCGUAAGCUAGCGUUGAAGUGGCACCCGGACAAAAAUCCAGAUAACAAGGAAGAAGCUGAGAGACAAUUUAAACAAGUAGCUGAGGCUUAUGAAGUUCUGUCAGAUGCAAAAAAACGUGAUAUUUAUGACAAAUAUGGAAAAGAAGGCUUAAAUGGAGGAGGUGGAAGUCAUUUUGACGGUCCAUUUGACUAUGGCUUUACAUUCCGAAACCCAGAAGAUGUCUUCAGGGAGUUCUUUGGUGGAAGAGAUCCAUUUUCAUUUGAUUUCUUUGAAGAUCCUUUUGAAGACUUCUUUGGUAAUAGACGAGGACCACGUGGAAACAGAAACAGAGGUGGUGGAUCCUUUUUCUCUGCUUUUGGUGGAUUUCCUGGUUUUGGAGGUGGCUUUUCAUCGUUUGAUACAGGUUUUACUUCAUUUGGUUCUUUGGGACAUGGAGGUCUUACUUCAUUCUCCUCCACAUCAUUUGGUGGCAGUGGCAUGGGUAACUUCAAAUCAGUAUCGACUUCAACCAAAAUAGUUAAUGGCAGAAAAAUUACUACAAAGAGAAUUGUUGAGAAUGGACAAGAGAGAGUAGAAAUUGAAGAAGAUGGCCUGUUAAAGUCUUUAACAAUAAAUGGUGUAGCUGAUGAUGAAGCUUUGGCCGAGGAACGCAGACGCAGAGGACAGAACGCCUUGCCUUUCCAGCCAGCUAGUGUCCGUUCUCCAAAGUCCAUGAAGCCGGCUGCUUACGCCAAGCAUGUCUUUCAUUGUAAUAGCGAUGAGGAUGAUGACUUGGUUAUGACCAACUGGGAGAGUCCCGUUUAUUCAUCAGGACACAAAGAAGUCAGCAAGAGGAAGAAGCAGAAGCUGAGGGAGGAGCAGAAGAAGAAGAAGUCGGCCAAGGCACCAUAUUAAAAUGGACUCUCAUGCCCUCAAACACUAGCCCUUCGCUGUUGUACCAUUUGACACUACUCAAUUCCUGGUGCAUAUCUAUCAUUAUGCCUGUUUGCAGUUAGCAAGGGAGAUGAUGCCUCUUGUUGAAUUACACUAAACUUGCACUAUUAUGCUUGAGCACCAUAGAUAUGCUUCUCUUCCUGUAAGACACGGUCAGAAACCCACUCCAUAAGACAUUGUUUUCAUUGAAACUAGUGCAUCUGAUUUCUGAGUAGCAUAUUUAGGAUCAGAAUGUUCCUUCCAUCAAACAACGGAUGCCGGCUAGAAAUGUGUUUAUAUAUAUUUUUGAAGUUCAGGAAAUGUAAUGUUGUAGAACCUUAUGACCUCUUCUUUAAGCUACUGUAAUCAUGUAUGCUUCUUCUAGAAUCUCAUGGAAUUGUAAAACAUGUCUCUAGUCUUUGAAUGACAAUUCUGACAGCAGAUUAUUCUGACAUUAUCAAGUAACCUAAAUUGAACAUUAAUAUAUUUAUCAUUUAAAUUUUCCCCUGAGAGCUAGGUUUAGGCUUUAAUGACUACUUAGCAAACUGGACUGGCGUUUAUUAUCCUUGUUGAGAAAAUUGUGGUUGACCCCUGAUUGCAUACAUGUGUCAUUGUUUAUUUACUUUGCAUCAUGAUUAUUCUGUUACUAAUGUGAGCUAAUGGAUCCUUUGGAGUUCAUUGUGAAACCUAAAACUCCAGAAAAGCAAAUAGUAAUAGCUGUACUUGGUAAGAGUAUAUGAAAAUUGACCAACAUUAAGAUAUACUUGUUCUGCAUGGUAAAGAGCAUAGGAAUUUUGGCAUCAUAUCUGGCCUGCUAUAUUUCAACUCCUUCCCUUUGCUAAUGUUUGACGGUACCUGGAUCAGGAGAAAUCUUGUCUAGCCAGAAGGAGUUAUAGCCUUAUCUUCCUUGCUUGGAUCAAGAACACUUAUUUUUAUAUUAGUCGUGUGUUGGCUUUACUUGGGCUAAAUUGGAGGCAAGGGCAUGUACACACCUGGAAAACUAAGGAUAUAGCAGGAUGACUUCAUUCCCCUUCCAUAUACAUGUUUAACUUGCAUGGUGCGUAGCUUCUGUUAACUAAAUGCUAAGUCAGAGCCUUCCAUUGCUCUUAACUUUUUCCUAGCCUGGUUAGUGUAAGUUGCCUUCUUGCUGCUUAAUCUGUAAAUUGAGGUUUUCAGCUGCUUUGGUCUCUGGUGUGUCUUUUUUCCUCCUCCUCUUCUGUGCCACUAAGUGAUAUGGCCUUUAUUCUCCUUGGCACUGUUGGAAAUCUAAAUUUUCCAGAAAAAAAAUAUUUUAUUAGGCUCUAAUAAGGUAGCUUAAGUGAGGAAGAUGUGGAUAUGAGAGGAUUUGGGAAGCUUAAUUUGGAUUCAUUUUUAAUGCUUGUAUUAUGAAAAUAUAAUCUUGCGCAAAUCAUUUGGGUAUUUAUAAUAUGGUAUGUCUGAAGGUGCACACCCAUUUUUUUUGUUGCCUAUAUACCACUGAAGUGUGUUGUGCAGUGAUACUAAUAUUUAAAGAAAUAAAGUAAGUUCCCUUA